GCACCACUGUCAAACCCAUUUACAGAUCCUAGCUUCCAACUUAGAAACCUGCUAUGCUAGCUCGAUGAAAGAGAUGCUUCACAAAUAAGUCUCAUCACCUUAAAAAGACACAAAAAAUAUACAUUUAUUUGAGAGAAGCCAUAUGUGUGGUAUGAGGGGGACAACCAUGGUUUCUUUUCCAUUUAAAAAAAAAUUAUGGGUCAUUUUUGUGAGAGUGUUGAAUAUUGCUGACUAUUAUUUGAGAGAGUUCAUUUUAAAUCCACAACAAACAGAUGCACCUUGCAUUUUUGUUCUACUUAACACAGUUCCCUUAAGCUGCUUUUUUUAAAAAAAAGAAAUAUUAUUUUUCACCACUAGAGUGCAACCCAGAGCUUCACAUGUCUAUUCGCAGAUUGACCUAACUUUCAAUUUAAAUAUAUGUCAUCAUUCAAAAGAUGAUUGACAGCAAUGAGCCAGCAUCACAGAAGGGCAGGAAACAGACGAGGCAGACUACAGAUGGAGUUUGCCUCACCAGAGAACUUUUAAAAUACAAGGAACGAGGGAGAGGACCAUAGCCACUGUUUGGAAGCAUCAACAUAGAGGGUUUCCUGAUCUAAAAUGCAGUUGUGCUUGACUGUUUUGGUAGCGUUCCUUCUCCUUCCAAAACCAGGUAAUAUUUCUCUUGGGUGCUGCUGUGGCGUUGAUAAGAUAAUCUUCCAAGUUUCUCAGUAAGAAUACCACCCAAACAAUCCUAUGGUUGGAGUCCCUCGCUAUCCAAAGAGGUACAUAUUUUGACUGUACAAGUCAAGUCUACAAAGAGAUAUAUUGACAGCUGAGUGUGAUUUAAACAUAAGUUACCUUAGCCUGGGCACUGUAAGAGUUUCAAGUUUAAGAACUGAAAACAAAAUGUUGUGUUCCUAUCCUAUUUCGGAAGGUGAGGAUUUGAAUAAAAAUAAUCAGUUUUAAAAAUCAGAGGAAUACUUAGGGCUGAAUCUAAUGUUAGUCCUACUCAGAGUGGAGGCUUUGAAAAUAACAGAUAUGACUAACUUAGGUUCAUUAAUUUUUAUAGGUCUUCUCUAACUGAAUGAAAGGCUAAGAUUUGGGUAAUUUUAGAAAUCUUAAUAGGAUGGGUCGAGAGACAGAGAAACAGCUGGACAUACAGAAAUAUGAAUAAUAUUAAUUUCAAUGGGUCUACUCUGAGUAUCACUAUCAAUGAAUACAGCCCAAUGUACCUCAUUUUUACAGAUGUUGGCCUAAGUGACUGUAUGUGCCAAUUGUUUUCGAAGUGGACUGUUAAAGAAAGAUAAGAUGUAAACUUACAUUAUUUACUUCUACAUCCCUACAGACCUUAGCCUUGGGAUUAGCCUUGGGAUGGAUCCAUUGGUAGAACAUGAGACUCUCUUAAUCUCAGGGUUGUGAGACGUAUACUGACACAAAAAUUGGGGCAAAUGACAAUAUACUCAGAAACCUUAAACUAAAAUGAAGAAGAAGAAGAUAAUUCAGUUGGCGAUUCAGAAGGUUAUUCUUUCAGAAGGAAGGAAGGAAAGAAAGAAAGAAAGAAAGAAAGAAAGAAAGAGAGAGAGAGAGGCAAGGUCUAAUUUUGUUUCUCAAUUUCUGUUUUAUAGGUAUCUCUCAAACUGAUUCAGUGUCCCAGUCACAGAGACAGAUGGAAUCUCCAGAGGGGCAGGUGGUAACUUUCGAUUGCAAAUUCACAAGUGGAGACUCAUUCCCCUAUCUUUUCUGGUAUCGUCAGUAUGCCGACAGAAGACCCCAGAUCCUCUUGCGUGCUACCAAAGCCGAUCAAAAUCCAAAGGCUGAAGAGAAGUUUUCUGCCAGUUUGGAUAUCAUAAAGCGUACUGUUCCUCUGACAGUUGAAGGAGUCUCUCUCCAGGAUGCGGCUGUGUAUUACUGCGCUUUGAGUGGCACAGUGAGUCAGCCUUGACUGUGCACUAUACAAAAAGAGACACAAGGGUGCUGAGUGGGCACUGAAACAGUUCUGAGGACAAAUUAUCAAGCCAAGUCUUACAUUUGCUUGCCAAAAAUUCAAGUGCAUGUUUUCCUAAUGUAAUUUAAACGCACACACAGAGAGAAUAAAGGACGCUGUUACAGACAUUGCUAUAUUCAGGUCUUCGAAGAGCACUCCAACUACUUGAUAUGGGAUGUUAGAAUUGAAAUUUCUAGCUUUCAAGUCUCACCAGAAUUAUUAAGGAUUUAGAAUCUCAUUAGUCCAUCAAAACAAAACAAAACUCCUUAAAAAAAAAGCUUUGGACUUUAAAUAUAAAAAGUUGAAGUCCAUGGGUCAGAUCCAGAUUUAUCCAUAGGCCACUGAAAUGUAAUGAUUAAAUUAAGCCUUGCUUAAAUUAAAUUAAAGAUUAUUUAUUCUCUGUAUGACUGAGUCUAGAUCUAAUCAUUGCUAUAUUCUUUUGUAAUUUCAAUUCAAUUUGAAAGUUCCAUAAAUAGUUUGGAGAAAAACAAAAACGUAAAAGCUUUCACUGUUGAAACACUUUAUUUUGGGGGGAAGCUAUAUAAUCCACUCUUCAGUGAAACCAGUCCUAGAGUGGGAUACAACUUAAAAUAUGGAAUAUGUAAUAUUUAUAAUAGAAUGAAAUGGAAUGGAAAUGUAAAGAUAAAAAUACAAUAAAUCACAAAAUAAAUGUCUGAAAAAUCAAACCAUAACAAUAACAAAAAUUACACCACAGCACGAAAACUUUCCCUUUGGCGAUUUAACCAAAUGCUUAAUAGGGGAAUCCUGUGGCAACAUCCACCAGGAUGAACAGCUUAGGAUGCAUCAGAUCUCUGGCUCGGUUGACUGAUUCAUGGCUCAGCGGGCAUUAAGUCCCCAACCCCGACACAGCCAAAGAUACGCUGAUGCAAUUUGCUCAUCCCAGCUCAGCUGGCAGAUGUAAGCCCCCCAAAAGGGGCUGUAUAGUUGUGCAGUGGAAGAACUUCGGAUGGAUCCCUGGAGCCUAUUCUAGUUGGUUACAUGACCUGGCAAGUACAGCAAUUUCAAAGGCUACUUUCCCCUCUGUGGUGUUAAGCAGGGCAGCAGAUCUGGUGUACCGUAUUUUUCGCUCUAUAAGACGCACCAGACCACAAGAUGCACCUAGUUUUUGGAGGAGGAAAACAAGAAAAAAAA